GUUUUCAUCUCAUUUUUCUAACUUAUGCUGAUGACAAACGGCAUAUUAACUUUACUGAGAAGGUAUCAGCUAAUCAACAACAAGUGAACAAAAUGAAGGAAAUAAUCCAGAAGCUUCGAUUCAAAUACAAAAGUGAGAGUUUUGAAAAUCCAGUACUUCAACAACAUCAUAUGAAUUUGGAAGCACUGGCACUAGAUUUGAUGGAGCCUGAAAAAGCUGAGGAUCUGACAGCGCCCAAGACUGAGCUAAUGGAUGGCCGACUGGGUAGCCUUGCAGAGGAGUUUAAACAACUUGUUUAUCCACCAGGCUAUGAUCCUGAUGGGAAAACUAUAAAACGGAAACAAGGUAGUGGUAAUGAACAACCAGAAAAGAAAGCAAGGAUAGAACUCUCUGAAGAGGAGCUGAGGAGUCAUGUUGAUAGAGGCACUUUGGGUAAACUUACUGUGCCAGUUCUAAAGGAUAUAUGCAGAGUUUAUAAGCUAACAGGUGGUGGAAAGAAGCAUGAACUUUUAGAUGUGAUAACUGCACAUUUCAAUAAGCACUGAGUUUACACUCCCAACUGCUUCAAACAUUUUAAUGUUGAAAAUCUCCUAAAUGUUGAGAUUUUGACAAGAAAAAUUGGGAAUAUGUUUUCAUAGGCAUUUGAUAAAAGGGAGUGGGAAUCAGGGUUUUCUCUUUGUGAAAUUUAUAGUAAAAGCCUCUCUCCACUUCUGGUUCUAGAUUUGAUUGUGCAAUUUUCAUCUUGUCUUUAAUAAAUGAGCUUGGUUUGGCUGUCA